AACCACGUGAUAUGUUGGUGGAGAUGCAGUGGUUGCUCCUUCUGUUCAUGCUCUUGGUAGGCCUCCAGCCAAGCUUCAGUCAGACGAACCCUCAAGAUGUUUCUGCACUCCAGGCAUUGAUGAAGAAUUGGCAGAAUGAACCGCAAAGCUGGAUGGGAUCGACUGAUCCCUGCACCUCCUGGGAUGGAAUUUCCUGUUCUAAUGGGAGGGUGACAGAAAUGAGAUUAUCAGGCAUUAAUCUGCAAGGCACAUUAAGCGACACAAUAGACCAACUUUCUUCUUUGACAUAUCUGGAUCUGUCUAACAAUCCAAACCUCGGAGGUCCACUUCCUCCAAGCAUUGGGAAUCUGAAGCAGCUUGCAACUCUGAUUUUACUUGGAUGUAGUUUCAAUGGUAAUAUUCCACAGCAGAUUGGAACAUUAAGACAGCUCACAUUCCUGGCCCUAAACUCAAAUAAGUUCACUGGUGGAAUCCCCCCAACACUUGGUCUUCUCUCUAAUCUUUUCUGGUUGGACUUGUCGGACAAUCAACUGUCAGGGAAUAUUCCAGUUUCAUCAGGUUCAAACCCGGGACUGGAUCAACUUGUUAAUGCGGAACAUUUUCAUUUCAGUGAGAACCAGUUGACAGGCCCAAUGGACGAAAAACUUUUCAGUGAGAAAAUGCGACUUAAACACGUGAUAUUUGACAACAACAACUUAACUGGACCAAUCCCAGGAUCUCUCGGGAGAGUCUCAUCAAUUCAAAUUAUCCGACUAGAUCAUAACCGAUUUAUUGGUCCAGUUCCAGGAAGUAUCGCAAACUUGUCUCUUCUGAUGGAACUGAGCUUAGCAAGCAACCAACUGAACGGGGCAGUGCCAGAUCUCACUAGUGCAAAUGCUCUCAAUUAUGUGGACCUAAGCAACAACAACUUUGCGAGCUCACCAGCACCACGAUGGUUUUCAACAUUAACAUCCCUGACCACCUUAUUUAUGAACAACGAUCAUCUUACUGGAGCAAUCCCAAGCACCCUGUUCAGUUUGCCACAAAUGGAGCAAAUAUCAUUAGCUAAAAAUGCAUUCAAUGGGAUACUUAAUAUGAGCAGUAAUGUCAGCUUGCCACUGAGGGUUGUUAAUUUGACAAAUAAUCAAAUCAUCGACGCUAAAGUUGACCCAAGCUACACUGGCAGUCUCAUACUAGCAGGCAAUCCUGUAUGCUUCGACAAUAUUAAUCUUUGCACACUCAAGCAAAAGCAGCAAGUGCCAUACUCAACUAACCUAGGUUCCUGUGUUGCCAUUUCAUGCUCCACUGACCAGUCAGCAAAUCCGGUGACUUCACAGAAAUGUGCCUGUGCCAGCCCCUUCCAGGGUUUGAUGAUCUUCCGAGCACCAGCCUUCUCUGAUGUGACAAAUCCCAAGUCAUUCCAACUUUUGGAAUUGACUCUUGCGCAGAACCUUAGCCUAGCUCCAGGAUCAGUUGCCAUCUCCAAUGUUGAGUUCAGUCAAGGGGAACCUCUAACAUUCACAGUGAAGGUUUUCCCAGACAGUGGAACAAGUUUCAAUCACACACAGGUAAUCAGAAUCAGUUCUGCUUUGGUCAACCAAACCUACAAAGCUCCAGCUUCUUUUGGACCAUAUAGCUUCAUAGCAAGCACAUAUUUUGCAAGCCCCAGUAGUAAAAAGACGUCAAUGGGCAAAGGUGCAAUAAUUGGAAUAGCUAUUGCUGGUUUUCUCCUUGUUGUGGGCCUUAUCCUAGUAGGAAUAUAUGCUCUAAGGCAGAAAAAAAUAGCUAAGGAGGCAGCGGAACGAACUACUAAUCCUUUUGCAUCAUGGGGACAAGGUGGUAAAGAUAAUGGAGACGUUCCACAGCUGAAGGGAGCAAGAUACUUUGCAUUUGAGGAACUGAAGAAGUGCACAAACAAUUUCUCAGAAACCCAUGAAAUAGGGUCAGGAGGAUAUGGGAAGGUGUACAAAGGAAUGCUGGCAAAUGGCCAAAUGGCUGCAAUAAAGCGCGCUCAGCAAGGAUCUAUGCAAGGUGCAGCUGAAUUUAAGAAUGAGAUAGAACUACUUUCCAGGGUUCAUCACAAGAACCUGGUGAGCUUAGUAGGUUUCUGCUAUGAACAAGGGGAGCAGAUGUUGGUUUAUGAGUACAUUCCUAAUGGGACCCUAAGGGAGAAUCUGAAGGGUAAAGGAGGAGCACACUUGGAUUGGAAGAAACGCCUCAGAAUUGCACUUGGCUCUGCUAAAGGUCUAGCAUAUCUUCAUGAACUUGCUGAUCCACCAAUUAUCCAUAGAGAUAUCAAAUCAACCAAUAUCCUUCUCGAUGAAAGCCUAAAUGCAAAGGUUGCUGAUUUUGGUCUUUCAAAGCUAGUAUCUGACACACAAAAAGGCCAUGUUUCUACCCAAGUGAAGGGAACACUGGGUUAUUUGGAUCCUGAAUACUAUAUGACUCAGCAGCUAUCCGAGAAGAGUGAUGUAUAUAGCUUUGGAGUUGUCAUGCUAGAAUUGAUAACGUCCAGGCAGCCCAUAGAGAAAGGCACAUAUAUUGUCCGUGAGAUCAGAACAGCAAUGGAUCAGUAUGACCAAGAGUAUUAUGGAUUGGAGAGCCUAAUUGAUCCAACAAUCCGGGAUUCAGCAAAAAUGGUUGGUUUUAGGAGAUUUGUGCAAUUGGCUAUGGAAUGUGUAGAAGAGUCUGCUGCUGACCGCCCGUCAAUGAAUGAUGUGGUGAAGGAACUUGAGGUUAUCAUACAAAAUGAAGGGGCACAGUUGCUAAACUCAGCGUCUCAAUCGGCUGAGAAAUUUGGAUAUGAAAAGGGUAGAGAUCUUUAUGGAGAUCAUUUGCCUAUGAAUGAUGACAGCAGCAGUGGUGCUUUAGAUUACAACAGUGUACAUUCAUACUCGGUUGUUGAACCCAAAUAGAUAUGAUGUAUUGGUUUUGCUUGUCUGUACUCACUGUUUUUGCUGCAUGCUCGAAAGGACAACAUGUAUUCUACAAUAUCAUUUUGUCUGUGUUGAUAAAACCCACGUAUGAAUACUUUGUAAGCAUACACUGGCCAAUCUCUCUUAAGAUGAAGCAGUAGAGAACGAUCUCUCUAUAGUAUCA